AUGGACACCAGCCGCAUGCAGCCCAUCAAGCUGGUUCGGGUCAAAAAAGUUCUGGACCGGACCGAUUCUCAGGGCCAGUGCAUCCAGGUGCGUGUGGAGUUCAUGGACAACACGAGCCGCUCCAUCAUCUGCAACGUGAAAGGCCCCGUGUGGGAGGGAGACGUGCUCACCCUGCUCGAGUCGGAAUAA